GGGAAGAACAUAGCAGGACCAUUAAGGUUGGAAUUGCUUGUGUCCAAUGCAAGAUGCAGCAGUUCCAGCUUGUUGUGGUGCAUUUGGCCCUUGUGAUCACCCUGCUGCAGUGGCACGCUAGCUCAGUGCUCCUUGCAGAGGCAGCUCCAGAGCCUUUGGAGCCUUCUGCUGCUCUGGCCAUGGGAGCACAUCCAGUUGCCAGUGAAGAGAAGUCAGCCACCAACCUGGCAGCCAAACUGUUCCUUCUUGAUGAGCUGGUGUCUCUGGAGAAUGAGGUGACUGAGACCAAAAAGAAAAGAAGUUUCCCAGGAUUUGGGUCCCCGAUCGACAGGAUUUCUUCAACCUCUAUGGAUGCUAAAGGCAAAAAGAGGAAAGUGGUUGAGCUGCCUAAGAGAAGGUUUGGAGUUCCUCUCGACCGGAUUGGAGUGAGUCGUCUCGGCAACACCAAGGGUUAGCAGUUCCUGCAAGUACUUCUGUUCUAAAUGAUUGAUGCUGUAUUGGGAACACUGCAGAAACACAGAAGAUGCAUCACAGCAUGUCUUGUCAUUGACUAAUGAUCCAACACUCAAGGAACUGACCUCCUGCAAAAUCUGUUUCACAUUGCAUUUUACAAAUGUUGCAUUUACAAAUAAUAACAAACUCAACUCAUCAGGUCAGGAUGCUCUCACAGUUGUGCACAGUGCCACUGAUAGGAGGGAACAGAAAAUUUGUAUAUAGUUUAAUUGCAUGGCAUUUAUUUCUUAAACUUGCAGAAGUUUGUUAUCCUAGCAAGGACUGUUGGAUUUUUUGGAUUGAAAAUAAAACUUCCAGAGAUGCCAACAACAGUCCAUGAAAAAGCAGCCAGUUUGCCUUGCACGUUUCUUUCAAGAGAAUGUUUGUUUGAUAGAUGAUGGGAGGAUUUAACAGUUAUGGGACAAACCUAGGAUUUAUUUGAAUUAUUGUUUGGGAGAAGAUGUCUACUGACUUUUCUAGGAGUUAGUCUGAAUGAGAACUAUGUCAAUACCUUAGUAUUCGUCCUGAUGUUUUUAGUAGUCUUUCUUUUAUCUCUGCACUGUAUUUAGCCUUGUUUUCAUUGUAUGGCAGAUCCUGAAAUGU